AUGGAACCUCAGACGGACCCUGUGGGAAAAUUUCAAGUUUGGGACUAUGUGGUGUUUGCCUGCCUGUUUUUGAUUUCUUCAGGUAUUGGAGUCUUCUUUGCAAUAAAGGAGAGGAGCAAGGUUUCGUCGAAGGAUUUUCUGACAGGGGGCCGACAGCUGACCUGUGGUCCAGUGGCUCUGUCCCUCACGGCAAGCUUCAUGUCAGCAGUGACUGUUAUUGGAACUCCUUCAGAUGUAUACAGAUUUGGGGCUACGUUUAUCAUAUUUGGCAUUGCCUACACAUUUGUGGUCAUUUUCACAGCAGAGCUCUACCUUCCUGUGUUCUACCGGUCAGGCAUUACAAGCACAUAUGAGUACCUGGAACUACGCUUUUCAAAGCCAGUCAGAGUAGCUGCUACUCUUAUUUACAUAGUGCAAACGAUUUUAUAUGCAGGUGUAGUUGUGUAUGCCCCAGCUUUAGCUCUUAAUCAAGUGACAGGAUUUACUCUGUGGGGGUCCAUAUUCGCUACCGGAGUUGUCUGUACCUUCUACUGCACACUGGGAGGGCUAAAGGCCGUAGUGUGGUCUGACACAUUCCAGAUGGUGGUGAUGGUGGGUGGUUUUCUUACUGUGCUGAUACAAGGAACAGAAAAAAGUGGAGGAAUCAGUGAGGUAUGGAAGACAGCAGAGGAAGGGCAAAGACUAAAUGUAUUUGACUUUGACCCCAGUCCUCUGAGACGUCAUACAUUCUGGACGAUCUCUGUUGGGGGACUGUUUACCUGGCUGGGCAUCUAUGGUGUAAACCAGUCCACUAUCCAGAGAUGUAUAUCUUGCAAGACAGAGAAACACGCUCGCUUGGCUCUGUAUCUGAAUCUGCUGGGUCUGUUACUCAUCUUGUCCUGCGGUGUGUUCUCAGGACUCAUCAUGUAUGCCUACUACUCCAAAUGUGACCCCUGGACAGCUGGUUAUAUAAAGGCUCCAGACCAGCUCAUGCCAUACUUUGUACUGGAAGUACUGAGCAGCUUUCCAGGUCUACCUGGCCUUUUUGUGGCAUGUGCUUUCAGUGGCACCCUCAGCACUGUAGCUGCAAGCAUCAAUGCUCUGGCCACAGUGACAUAUGAGGAUUUUGUGAGCCAGUAUUUCAAAAACCUUUCUAACAGAGCAGCAACAUGGACCAGCAAAGGAUUGUGUGUGGUGUUUGGAGUGGCCUGCACCACCAUGGCAGUGGUAGCAUCAUACAUGGGAGCCAUAAUACAGGCGGCUCUUAGUAUCCAUGGGAUGUGUGGAGGGCCAACACUUGGUCUGUUCUCUUUAGGAAUUCUUUUUCCAUUCACAAACUCUAAGGGAGCUUUAGGAGGUCUGACAUUGGGCAUUACUCUGUCCUUCUGGGUGGGAAUAGGAGCCUUCGUCUACCCUCCCUCUGACAGCAACACUCGGCCCUUGCCUCUGAGUAUAGAGAAUUGUAACUUUCCGAACACCACAGCUGCUUCAGUCACUGCAGUACCUUUCCUGAGUACCACAGCCAGUGCAGACAGGUCUGCACUGGCUGAGAACUGGUACUCCAUGUCCUAUCUGUACUACAGUGCUGUGGGCUAUCUGGGCACAGUUAUAGGAGGCUUACUCAUCUCACUUUUAACAGGCCGAUCCAAGCCAGAGGAAAUAAAACCAGUGCUUAUUAGACCAGUGUGCAACCUGUUCUGCUUCUGGUCAGAGAAAUACAAGAAGAAGUGCUGGUGUGGUGUCAACCAUGCGGAGGACACAAUGGAUGAUGUUGUGGAUUUUGGAACAGCGUUGGAAAAACCUUCAGAUAACGACUUUAAAACGGAGGAAAAUGGAAAGAAGCAGAGCAACAACACGAAUGAUGAAACACACAUGAAUGCAGCUUUUGUCCCAGAGACAGCAUUCUAGGUUUAGUUAAAAUGUUUAAAAAUGUCGAAUAUAUAUAUAUAUAUAUUAUUAUACAGUUAUUAUACAAUAUACAAUUAUUAUUUGAAGUGCCUUACACUGCCAUAUUACAAAGUUAUUUACAACCUCAACAGUUUUUACUUA